GGUACGCAGCUACUACGGAACGACUGUAAAUAAUUACGUAGUGCAGUGCACACGCCCACAACGCUGUUUAUAAAAAUAAUAACAACAACGACAGUAGCUAGCGUAACCUGUUGUAAGCGUCGAUUUUGUUGCUCACCUUUCGUUUGACUAAAAACGGUUUGAUCUACACUACGGCGGGCACACCUGUUAGUCUAUUUACAAAAUGUCGCGUCUAACGGAGGAAAUGGUGAUAGCGCGGAGCAAGCAAUCGGAUCUGGGAUUAAUUAAAAAACUCAAUUGCUGGGGCAGUGAUCUCAGCGAUGUAAGCAUAAUCAAACGCAUGCAUGGUGUGGAGGUCUUGGCGCUGAGCGUCAACAAGAUCAGCACCUUGGCGCCCUUUGAAGACUGCAGUAAAUUACAAGAGCUGUAUUUACGCAAAAACAAUAUACAAGAUAUCAAUGAAAUAUUUUAUUUGCAAAACUUGCCGGCAUUGCGAUAUCUCUGGCUGGAGGAGAAUCCAUGCUGCGAUGUAGCGGGACCAAACUAUCGUUCGCUGGUGUUGCGCGCCUUGCCCAAUCUCAAGAAAUUGGAUAACGUCGAGGUUACCGCUGAGGAGGUGGAGGCAGCGCUGCGCGGUGCACCGCAGCAGGCGGAGGAGGAUGUCUACGAGGAUGCCUAUCAGCCACAGCAGCAACAGCAACAGCAGCAGCAGCAGCAACAAUUGCAACGCACACCACCGCCACAAAAUUAUCCACAGCAUUCACCACCGCCACAUCAGCAGCAGCAGCAGCAGCAGGCGGCGCCGCAGCGUCGCAGCUCGAGUCCACUCAAAGAGUCGCCACGUUUAGCUGCGCCUGUCACUAACUCGCGCGACGAUAACAUUAACAUUAACAUUAACAAUAACACUAAUAAUGCCAACGAUACGUUCAAUACACAAAUGCAAGACUCCAUGCCGCCAACGCCCACCAAGGAACCCCAGCACCAGACAUCGCCUCAAACAACUAACACGCUAACUAAAGAACAACAACAACAACGCACCUCCUAUGCUAAUCAAUAUGAUGAACCUGCGCGACCUACAUCACCCCAAAAAUAUAAUACCAAUAAUACGCUAACCAAAGAGCAACGCACUUACUCCCAACAAUACGAUUGCUCGCCGGGCUCUGAUCAGGAGUGCGUAUCUAAUCUUGGCUUUAAAGAGGUGCGUCCCACGCCUCUGCCCCCCAGCAUAUCCACGCACUCUAUGAAGGAAUACUAUCAGUCGGAUCGACCCGCCUAUCCAGCGCAUUAUCGUCACAGUCAAACGGAUCUGACGGAAUGGGAGGAGCAUCAGCAGGCGCCGCAAGUGCAUCACAAUCCCUAUGGCAGUCAAAUGCAUUUGCAUCAACAGCACCAGCAGCAGCAGCAGCGACGCAGUGCGGGACCCGAAACGGAGCGUUAUGCCUAUAGAAAUGGCAGUGCGCGUGAGAAUGGCGGCGACUGGGAGUACGAGGAGCGACCUAGAACGAGACGCCCCGAGGGUCGCUACAGCGAUUCUGUAAGCAAUGUUUCAGCCUCUGUUAUGGGACAUUUUGCUGGCUAUCAUAGACGGCCUGUAAAUAGAAACUCCAAUCUUUUGUCUGCCACUUUGUGCUUGGUCAAGGAGCUGGACUACGGCAGUCUGGAGGUGCUGGAGCACGCCGUGCGCUGUCGCAUCGAUGAACUGGGCACUGAAUGAUGAAGACGCUUAACUAAUCGCAUGUCGAUUAGUUAGCAAAGCAAAAAGACCACGAAAUGACAACUCAGCAAUAGCCGCCACUAACUAAACUCAAGCAACAACAAAAUACUUAAACAAUACUUGCCAAUUGUAACUGUAAUAAUAACAAAUCCCUUUUGUAUAAGCAUUAACGAAAGUAACAAAAACUAUUAUUUUGCUACUUAAAACGAACGAUAUAUACGUACAAUAUGCAUAUGUAACAAUAAUUGUAAAAAAAACAAAAACUCAACUCUUGCGCGCUCUUUGUUAACAUUAAUUUGUUUUUUAACUUAGCAUAAUUAAUUAAUUUUAAACAAAGACACACCACUCAAGCCUUAUUUUGUACUUAAACAAAAACAAACACACACACACAUUUUAACGUCCAAGGCGUACUGCACAAUAUUUAAAUCUUCCGUUCUCGUUAACAAAUUAGUUGUCAAACGCCUUAGCUAACUUUUGUUAAGUAAUUUACAACUAAAAGAUAUUUUCCUAGUUAUGAUAAUUCUUUUUGGUUUGUUUAUGAAACUGUGUGAAAAUAUAUUAACGCAAUAA